AUGGGCGUGGCAAAAUGGCUCAACAGCGCCCCCUGGAACGCAGCCUCUAGAGCCGGCCACCAAGCAGCUGCCCCCGGGGAACAGGGGCGGCUUGUCCCCGGUGUCCAGGAGGGAAGCGACGGGUCCAGAUACGUGGGACAGUUUAUGGACGGGUUGAAACACGGAAGAGGAAAAUACACCUUUGUCAACGGAGAGUACCACGAGGGCUCUUACUACAAAGACUACAGACAUGGGGACGGUCAGUACUGCUGGCCAAUGGGACAGAAGUUCACUGGCAAGUUCUACCUCAACAGACGGGAAGGAUAUGGACACCAAGUGUUUCUUAAUGGAGCCACGUUUCAGGGUUUGUUCCACAUGGACCACAGGCUGGGUCCUGGGGUGGUGACUUAUUCCGAUGGUUGUCAGAAUGUGGGACUGUGGGUCGGGCCGCUCCUCCUGAGGUUCUGCUCCCCUCUAGAGGAGGGCUUCAGUCUCAAGAACUUCCCUGAAUAUGCUGCCUACAUGGACCCAGCUGCCGCUCCAGAUUCCCUGACCCAGACUCAAGCAGACAGAGACCUGCUGCUCGUGGAUGAGGACUGUAUCUACCCCCCCGGCAUCGAGAGGUUCUGCACCAACGGAGAUCUUCUGCCUCUGCCCCCGCGCCGGAGGAAAAACCUGGAUCAGCAAUUCUUCGGCGAGCUGUGGGAGCCGGAGAUGAAUCCGUACCUCGGCUAUAAACGAGACCCAUACGCCGAUUUGCCAUUACAGGCCCGCCUGCGGGAGAACAUACACAAACACAGACGACAGGCUGAACACGUGUGCUGGGACGUGGCCGCCGUUCUCUCCAUGAACAGAGAAGGUUUCGGUCCCAAGGGGAUUCUGGAGGUGUCCUCCGAGCAGCUGAUCCGGCACGCUUCCCGGGGGGAGUUACCGGCUGUUACUCAGAUCCUCCAAGGGCGUACGGUUUACCCUGAUGUAGCAGAUUCACAGGACAACACUGCACUGAUCGCCGCCACAAUAAACAACCGCCAUGAUGUGAUGCACCUGUUGUUGAAUAGAGGUGUUGAUAUAGACAAGCUGAACUGUGAAGGGAUGUCCGCCCUCGCCGUGUGUCAUGUCCUCUUCUACCCGUCUCACUCUCUGAACACCACCAUGUUGGAAUCUCCUCAAACCCAGGUUUUAAAGAAUCCAUCUAAAUGUGGGAGCAGUUCCCAGAUCAGCCAAGUGGACUUCACCAGGGACCCGCCCGUGCUUCACAACAGACCCCAGACCUCUAACACAACCCUGAGCCAGCACUCACACUGGACGGCAGAAGAACCAACCGACCACAUCUCUCAUCACGGCAGUAAUGAGUCAAACAACAGUGAAGAAGAAGUUGAGGAUGACUCCUCCUCCUCCGUCAGCAGCACGACCCUCCAGGACACACAGGAGACUGCACACAAAAUGGCUGCCAUGUCAAUUGAAAACGAUGCUCGAUUGGAAACCCUGAAGAUUCUGCUGGAGCGGGGAGCUGACCCCAACCUGUCCCGGGUGCCCAUGCCUGUCCUCUUCUUAGCAAUCAUGGCGUCCGACACCGACGGCGUCCGGAGGCUUCUGCUCCGUGGAGCUCGAACUGACAUUCCCCUUCCACCUGAGAGGAAAGGGUUUUAUCCGCUGCACGUGGCUGCAGCCCUGCCGGGGGGAGCAGGUCUCCAGAUCACAGAGAUGCUGCUCUGUGCCAUCACCGACCCGGACGCACAGGCGUGUGACCAGGACCACGUCUUUGAACCAGAUAAGGUGCGUGUCUCCGGUCAGGAAACACUGAGCACUGACGAGCAGCCACGUCUUAGUGGAGGAGGCAGAACAGCUCUGCAUGUGGCCUGUCAGAGAGUCAGUGACUCCCAGGAUGCCGGUGAGGUCGUGGCCCUUCUGCUCUCACACCGAGCCAGCACACACCUCCUCUGGAGUGGACACUCCCCUCUCUCUCUGGCUAUAGCAAGUGGCAAUGAACAGGCUGUGAAGGAGCUGUUGAGAGGAGGUGCAGAUCCUAACCUCCCUCUGGGCCGCGAGGUGGGCAGCGCCCUCUGUGCUGUCUCCAACAUCAACUACCACUGGGGUGACGACAGACUCCAACUGCUCGACAUGUUGGUUAAGGCUGGUGCUGACUUCCUGAUGCCGGUUAUGGUCGGUGGCGUCGAGGGAACCGCAGUGGACUUUGCAUACAACUCCUUUAACCAGGACGGGCGUAUUGCCCACACUCCCUAUCUCACUUUGACACAUCGGGAGAGGGAGACGUUCAACAAACGGCACCAGAUCCUGAGCAUGAUGGGAAAUCUGCUGAGAGAGGCCGCUGUCCAGAGGGAGAGGGAGGCUCUAGAGAGAGAGCAGCAGCUCACACUAAAUGGAAACAGUAACAUAGAGAGGUUUGUGUACACAGAGCCUGGGACCAGUUCCUCCAAUAAGCCCCCCCUCAGACGUGAAGGUCGAAGACACAAUGCAGAAAAACAGAGGAAACCCUUGUUUAAGUUCUGUUAUGACUGCGGUCGCUCUGCGUCCGUGAAGCUGACGUCUUGUUUCAGCUGCCACAAGGUUUCCUUCUGCUCGCAGGACUGCAAACUGAAGGCAUGGAAGGCAAGACACAGGGACGAGUGUGUCGAGGGGAAAGCGUCUGGAUCCCACAGGAAGGAUGUGGUCCACAAGCAGCUGACAGGGACAGAGAAGGUCCAAGUCAGGAUGAAGCAUAACUACAGCCACAUCUGA